GCGUCGCUGCAUUCACACGCGUUGCGGAUGCGGAUGAGAUCGACGACCACCAUAUACCCUUCUUUCGCUUUCAUUAUACUCCUAGCUGAGAAUAUACCGCCUUCAAUCUUGUGACCAUGAGCAUGACAACUAGGGCAUCUGCUGCUGGAAUGGCCAAGUCCACACGGAGUCAGAUAGCGCAGAAGAACACUCGCAUCGGUAGGGCUGUAGCAGGAGGCACUAAUAAACGGAGGAAGACGAUGUUACCUCUAGAAUCUGAGGAAACCACUCGAUCUGGACGCCGCGUCGUGAAGACCCCAAAGUCGAGGGGACCUCUCCCGGUGCCGGCUCGGAGUCCCUCGAUCGAUUCUCAGCACGAAGUAUCGUUGUUGCUUGAAGAAGAUGCUUCCAAACCGAAUGCCUCCAGGCGAAGCAAGGAGGGUGCAGUUCCCCCUUCUAAACCCUCGCGAACUCCAAAAGCAGGCUCGAGUUCCUCUGAACGCACCCUACAGCCCGAUCAUCAAAAUCCAUCUUUGAAACGGAAACGUUCAGAGAGCGAUGAACUUGAACUCGCUCAUAGAAAGAUCAAAGACUUGGAGCAAUUGCUUCAAGAGUCCGAAAAGAUCAGGAAGUCCCGAGAUGCCCUUUUGAGUGAUAUGGACUCCCAACUGCUCCACUUGAAACAUGAUACGAUGUCCCGAAGAUCUGAGAAAAUUCAGGAAAUAAUAAAAGAGCUUGACGACCAGUUUGCAUGUGCUUUAUGCUUUGACGUGCUAGCGCAUCCGCAAACCAUCGCAACUGCUGGUUGUGGUCAUUCUUUCUGUGGGCUAUGUAUCCUAAAGUGGUUUUUUUCUAAAGUCCAUCGUGAAUGUGGCUUCUGGCAUACCAGUGUUGAUUGCCCUAUAUGCCGAAAGACCAUGGUGUAUCCUCCCGACGAUGUUCCCCGCAGCAUCUAUACACUGCCGUUCACCACAAAUCGCCUCGCCGAAUCUGCCUUGACGAACGCUAUCGAGACGCUCACAUCUUUAGCGAGUAGCUCCGAAGUCGGCGUUUCCAGUGGCAAAGGCAAGGGAAAGAGGAAACAAUUGGAAAGUGACGAUGAGGUUCCUGGAGCUGCAACUUGGCGUAAAGAUGGUGUGUCGCGAUUAGACUGGAAUGCUCGUGUUCAACGAGGACGUACUGAAAUUCAGUACCUUGUGGACAAUUGGAAACACCUCACCCCGAAUGACUUCGUAGCUUUGAAGGAUAAGUACGGUGUUUGACCAUGGUUUCAUGUGCAUCGAAUGGCGAUGAGUUCAUGGUUUCGUUUGUUGUGGCUUGGACGCAUUUCGUGGACACUGCUCCUACUUAUGUUGAAUUCUUUUCACUUCGCAUGUCAGCAUCAUUCUUGGCAAUCUGUUGCCUUGAUAUCCUCAAUCUCAAUUUAUUACUGUACAAGCAUCCAUAAUACAGGUCAAGGGAAACAUAUCAUGCCAAUAUUCAUACCAGUGAUC